AUCAACGACAAACAUUUAUUUUAUAUUUUGUUAACAGUUUGUUUAUUUACCAAAUACCAAUAUGUUUAUACUGCAAAGGUGGCGAGAGCUUGACAAAUUGUAGAGAACCGUGUCAGUCAAAACGACGAACACGUAGCUGCACGCCCUGUCAACGCCUGUCCUACCCUAUCUCCUUCCACGAGCUUCUGAAGUCUGUAUAAAAAAACCAGUAGAAGAUAAGCAGAUACGCUGGAGGUUGUUACAUGGUAGUAACAUGCUUCAAAAUUUAGUUCAAGGUGUUGCUGUUCGUCUUCAUUCCAAUCCCAUCAGGCGCGUAGCUCCGUCGAUUUGCGGAGCUGCUGCAGGCGGAGUCUACUCCAUCUCCUCAGAAAGGAAUAAGAAGAUGCAGAAGGAGGAGGACGACAACAAGAAGGAAGAACAACAGCAGCAGCAGGAGGAUCCUCCAAAGGACGACCAUCAUCACGGUGAUAUGAUGGCGCAUUCAUUCGGAGAAGGGUACUCGACAAGGUCCGACGAGGAAGGUUUCGGAGGAAUCUACAGCAGAAACCAAGUGUUUGGAAAUCCGUCGCAGGGCGCUCACACGGCAGCAGAUUUUGACAAGUCGCAGGGAAGUGAAGUGAAGGAGAAGGAGAAGGCUCGCAACCAACCGCACUGAAAACAUUAUGUAUAGCUGUUAAGUAUUUCCGCAUACGCAGUUUCAUGUGUGCUUCUACUUGUACAUAUCGGCU